AUGUCGGCAGCACGAGCAUCCGAAUACGAUCUGACGAUCGCCUCCCACCUCGUGGUGGAGCGCUUCCUGCUUUCGCAAGGGUACACAUCUUCGGCAGCGCAACUAAGAGCCGAUGCGCAGGCUACGGGACUUUCGCUGCCGCCUCUCCGCGACGAUGCGCUGGAGCUUCGUACGCUCGUUGAAACCUACCGCUCCAGCGUGCGGGCCGAGGAGCAGCGUCGGGCGGCGGAGGAGCUCAACAGCACGCACUCGGUGCGAUCGGUGGUGGACCCGCUAACGCUGUCGCUGCCGGGUCCUGCGACGCUGCCGUUCGCGCUCGCACGCACGUACGACACCAUCCAUGCCUCCAACAUCCUCUCCAUCACCCGCCUCGCUCUCCCCCGACGUACAUUCGACACGGCCACAGCGAGGUAUGCCAACACAUUGCAGGAGUGUUUGGUCACGACGGGCGCCGAUCGUCGAGUGGUCUUUACCGACGCACAAACGGGCGAGGUAGAGGAGAUCCUCGACGGCGCACACGCCGCGGCAGUUUUGAGUGUGGUGCAAGACCCACAGGAUGCACGAUGCAUCGUCACGGCGAGUAUGGACGCGAGCAUCGUCGUGUGGGAUCUUCUGACGCGCAAGCCGAUCCAGACGCUCAAGCACCACACCAAGUUUGUGGUGCGGCUGGCGGUGAGUGCGACGGGCGAGUACAUGGCGAGUAUCGGAUACGACAAGAAGCUCGUCGUGUACAGGCGCGUCCAUCACACCCGCUUCUCCACCACCUCAGUGGACGGAGAAGAGGAGGACCAGGGAGAGCUCGAGGGUGGCCGGUACGAAAAGGCGUUCGAGAUGGAGACGCGCCACAAUCCCGAGGCGAUCCUCUUUGUGCGUGCCGCCGCCGCACCCGAGUCUUGCGAACCCACUUCCUCCUCAGCACCUGCAGUGGGCGAGGUGACGAUCCGCGCUGCACGCCGUCAACGGACCUGGCUGUGCUUUACCGUUCGCCACGACAGCUUCGUCCACUACCUCGCGCUCCCCCUUACUGCCGACAGCUCGCUAGACACGGACGACCUGGCCGAUACGCUCGCCUCCACCUCGCUCUCUUCCGCCCGCACGCCCGACUGGAGCGUGGAGAGCUUCAACACGAACCCGGUGGCGUCGGACCUGCACGUAUCGUACUCGCUGCUCUCGCUGUCGCUGCACGCAUCGGGGCUGUACAUCUGCAUCCAAACGGGCGACCACUCCUCCUCCUCCUCCAGCCGCUUGCUUCUCCUACAACCGCUUUCGGGCGUGAGGGCGGCGACGGUAUGGACGGGCCUCGAGACGGGCACGUUCGGCACACCCCGGCAUAGCUGGCUGCCAUCCGGCCGGGCAUGUUGGCUCAACUCUGAAGAUGGCGUGUUGCGCUUGGUGGAUCUUGGCGGCAAGACGCGCGCCACCGUCCUCGCGCACGGUCUCGUCGCUCCGGACCAAGUGGCCGCCUCCUGGACGCGCGGCGGCAACCCCGUCAUCAAAGACGUUGUUGCGCUCGACGAGCACACGCUCGCCAGCUGUGGCUUCGACCACACCAUCCGCAUCACCACCAUCGACCCCGCCCUCCUUUGCUAG